CCGCACACACACACACACAACAAAUGUGGAUGGCAAACAGGGGGAAACCUGGAGAAGGGGCAGCGAGAUAAGGCCGUCACUGAGCACUUGUGUUUGUUGUGGAAGUAAUUGUGUCCUCAGUGCUCUGACAUUAUGAUUGUUGUGUUUAGCGGUGUUGUAUAUUUUUCCCAUCCGUGGGCAGAUUUCCUGCUCCUGAUAGGAGAGGAGGGAGUUCAUUUUUUCCACCCUCCCCUCACAGAGUUAUCCAUAUAAGUUACUGCUUCAAGACCAAAUUGGUCAUUGGAAUUUUUGCCCCUUGUUUAACCCGUUGGACUCUGGGCACAGACAUGCCUGCGCUCAUACAUACAUUCACUGUGCUGUGUGGAAACUCAAUGACACAACUGUUUAGCAGACUCCUGGCCUCCCAUUUCCCACACCCCCCAGCCCCCUCUGAGAUUUCAAGGUCAGGAAAGGGCAUGGGCUGAGAACCGUUCCUUGGGAAGCGGAGCCACUGUUGCAAACAGUCACAGACGGCGAAUCUCUCCUUUUAAAGUCCUCUCUGCGGUCAUCUUACCGUAUCUCACCGAGUUCAGAUCUAUGAGGGUUUUGAUUGCCACAGCUUUGGACGUAGCGUCAGAUCAGAGGCGUCAGUGGCGGUCUUCAUCGGAGCUGACAGGGAUGGGAGAUGUGGCGGUGCAGCCGGCGGAGUUUGACAGCACAGGAGUCAUUUUUAAAACAAGUGUAGAGAGUUUGGGCCGAGCGGCACGAGACAUUACCGGAGCUGCCCAGCUGAGGUGAAGGGGAGGGCAGUGGAUCCCAGUUCAGGCUGAGUGUGGAUGACCUGCUCCCGGAAACAGGACCAUGAUCUGAAGAGGGCACCGCACACUGAACCCCACUCUUCCUCUCCUCCUUCUCCCUCCUUUUUUCUUUUUCUUUUCUUUUUUUUUUUUUUGGUUUAAACCUACGGGGUGACAGCCUCCCUGCUCGGCUGCUUCCACCAGAGUCAGCGCGCACGGAGAGAACACACUGACAGACAUUAGAGACUUUAGGAGGAGGAAGAAAUACGACGACAGUCAUCUGUGACCUCUGACCUUGCCGCUUCCCCCUGCUCCUCCCACCACGACACCGGCAACAUGGGGAGGAAAAAGAUUCAGAUUCAGAGGAUCACAGACGAACGCAACAGACAGGUGACGUUCACCAAGCGGAAGUUCGGUCUGAUGAAGAAAGCGUAUGAGCUGAGCGUCCUGUGCGACUGCGAGAUCGCCCUCAUCAUCUUCAACCACUCCAACAAGCUGUUCCAGUACGCCAGCACCGACAUGGACAAGGUCCUGCUCAAGUACACCGAGUACAACGAGCCGCACGAGAGCCGGACCAACGCCGACAUCAUCGAGGCUCUGAACAAGAAAGAGCACCGGGACUCUGAGAGCCCAGACCCCGAGGAGCCCUUCUCCCUCACCCCCCGCACUGAGGAGAAAUACAAAAAAAUUGACGAGGAGUUUGAUAAAAUGAUGCAGAACUAUAGGCUGUCAUCUACAGUCCCACAGCCCACCUUCUCCAUGCCAGUCACCGUGCCAGUAUCCAAUCAGAACGCGGCGGCGGCGGCAGCCCUCCAGUUCAGUAACAACCCCGGUGGCGCCCUGGUCACCACCACCUCCUUCGUCACCUCCACCCUCACAGACCCCCGCCUCCUGUCACCACAGCAACCGGCUCUGCAGAGGAACACCGUGUCGCCAGGGUUACCACAGCGACCAGCCAGCGCAGGUGCUCUGUUAGGAGGAGAUCUGGGGAAUUCAAACGGAGCGUGCCCGAGUCCAGUCCCUAACGGCUACAUCAGUGCCAGGGCCUCCCCGGGCCUCCUCUCCGUAUCCAACGGCAACAGCAUGGGGAAAGUAGUCCCGGCUAAGUCUCCGCCUCCGCCCAGCCCUCAGAUGGUCAACAGCCGCAAGCCGGACCUGAGGGUCAUCACCUCUCAGAGCGGCAAGAACCUCAUGCAGCUGACAGAGGAAGAGCUGGAGUUGGUGAGUGAGAAUGCUCAGCGGCUAGGCGGAUCCCAGGUUGCACAGCCGCUCACCACGCCAGUGGUCUCCGUGGCAACACCCAGUCUCCUCGCACCCUUCUCCGGCAUGCAGACGGCCUACAACACCGAGUACCAGCUGACGAGCGCAGAUCUCACAGCGCUCCAGACGUUCACACCACCAGGGCUGGUGCCUGGCAACAUGGCUGCCUGGCAACAGCAACAGCAACCAGCAGUCUCCCAGCAACAACAGCAGCAGCAGCAGCAACAGCCACAGCAGUUCAGCCUGGCGUCGCUCAGUAACUUGGUCAUGUGGGGUGCAGAGAAACAGAAUGCGGAGAUGGUUAACUGCAUCUCCAAUUUUGCUGCUAACCUGAGCUUGGCCUCUCAGUCCAACUUGCUCUUUGGCAGGGAGGAGGGCCUCUGCUGGCCGGUGAGCCACAUACCUCAGGGCGCCGCGCUGACAGUCAACACAAACCCCAACAUCAACAUCAAGUCCGAACCCGUCUCACCAAACCGCGACCGCAGCACUCCCAGCUCCACCAGCGGUGCCGGGGCAGGUGGAGGCGGAGGAGGCCAGGGACAAGUCCAGGGACAAGGUCUGGUGUCGGUGGCCUAUCCUGGCACCCUGCGCCUGGAAGCGGGAGGUCAGGGCCGCUCGCCCGUCGACAGCCUCAGUAGCAACGGCAGCUCGUACGAGGGCAGCGACCGGGAUGACGGCACCCAGGGUCGAGCCGGGGGUCCGGACUUCCACCACCAGGCUGGUGCCGGGGCCCAGCAGCCCACCAUGGUCCUCCUGCGGCCCUCGUCAGCUGAGCCACAGGAGCAGGACGGGACCAACGUCAAGAGAAUGAGACUGGACACCUGGGUCACAUAAAGAGAUGAGCGCAGAGAGAUGGAUGGACAGAUGGAGGAUGGAGGAUGGAGAUGUGUACUUGUGGCUUGUGUACAUGCCCCCACCAGCCCCGACGCCCCCAGUCUCCCUCCCUGUGCACACACACACACACACACACAUUAUUAUACCCGCCAUCGACCCCACAACCGACUGUCCACACAGGAAACGCUGACCUCACAUACAUACAGACACAACACAAGCAUGCUAACACACUCUCAUGUUGCACGUGUGGACACUGACGCACACUUGUACGGCAACGUGCAUACACAUCUGAACUCUAAUGUACUGUCACACACACACACACACACACACACACACACAAAACCCUGAGGGGUUAAGCCACCAAACCAGGGACUGUUUGUCAAAAUAAUUACAUUGAUGGACUUUAUUCAGCUGUGUUUGAAUAGAAGUGAAUGAGUUUUUAAUCAGGCCACAGCGGCAGGUAAAACCCUGAAUUCGGACUCUUCACCUGACGGUCUCUGGCAGAGCAGACAGACCCACCAGCCUCGGUGGUAUGCUCCCACUCUCAUGUCCUUACUGUCUGUUGAUCCACAGUAAGUCUGGUCGAACACGACAGCGCUGUGCUGAGUCGGUGCCACCAGGUGAGUCCACAUCUUUGUACGCGUUGGUCCAACCACGGUUGUAUCCCUGUCCCUCUAGAUUCUUGUUUCUCUAAGAGCCUGGGCCGUUCAGCUCUUUUUAAAGCGUGGAGUUUUGUCCUUCUGUCUUGACUGUCGAUCUUUAGCGUUUGGAUUCUUUCGGUUUUGAAUAUGGAGACACUAAAAGAAAAAAAGCUCGCCUCCCUCCCCCAGCCGAGCCGGCGACCACGUCGGCAGGCCGGCACUUUGGCCCCUGUACAAGACUGAUGACGCCGAGGUUUUUAUUUAAUCAGAACCGUGCAGACUAGCUGUAAAAACGAGGAACAUGAUUUGUUACCGAGGUAAAAGACUGCUUUUCUUUGAAUCAGGGACGAGCUGCAACAGCUCAACGACACAUGACGCAGAUACUCCUAGUUUAGCCCACGUCGUGUCAACUGCAGAUGCUGAGAAUGGCAUGUGUGUGUGUGUGUGUUUGGUGUGUGUGUGUGUGUGUGUAUACGGGUUUGUUACCUCAACUGGUUGUUUUUUUGUUUUGUUUUUUUAAACAAAGUAAUUUGGGCAAAUAUUCAUUCUCAAUUUCAUCCUUGAACACACCUGCCCCGCACACGGCAGAAAUUAUUUUUGUGAAGCGACUCGUUUUGAAUCGAUAGCUGAUGUUCAAAGGGGGAGAAUCGUGAGGUACCAUGUAUAUAAGCAAUCUGUAACCUUUGUGGCUUUUGUGUGACAGGGAUAAGGUGUUCUGAAGGUUAAAAACAUAGAUCAUAUACAAGUAUAUAUUUAAACAGCUUCAGGCGGUAGCAAGGGCAGCUCUGCACCUGGGGCAGGAGACUACACCAGACGACAGGGAUUGUAUAUAUGAAGCAUAUAAUCGGCAGGAUAUCCCUCAACAAAACCGAAAAAAAAGCAAACAGGUUGAUUCUCAGCGGAUCGGUCUCUUUUUUAUUAUUAUUAUUUAUGCGUGUAAUAUAAAGUGUAAUAUGUCCACGAGCCAAGAGAGGGUGCUGUAGAGGCAGAAAGGGAAGACGUAGCCGUGGUGACUCAGACUGUUUUGAGUGAACAAUUGUUAGGACUCUGUCACUGAUGGAGUGCACUUUACCUUACCUUAACCCCUCCCACCCCCCUGACACCUGAACACACCUGACACACACACACACACACACACACAUACUGUACACACACACUAGGGUUAGACUGAUACACCUGGCUGGCCUCAAGGCUUUAGAAAAAAAAUCUAAUAAUCAGCAACUGAAGACACAAUUUUGCACUUUUUAUUUAAAGCUCCAAAUGUUAUUUUGUUGUAGUUAAUUUUAAAUAAUUUAUUACUGUGCAUCAACCAAUCAGAGCUCCUGUUACAGCCUCUGUGGGCGUGACAGGUGCUUUUUUGUGUCACAGUAGCAGCCUGUUUGAAAUCUUCUUGAAUUAAUCUUUUUUUUUUUUUAAAGUUUAACCAUAAACAUUAAAGCAGAAAAAAAACAUUAAAUGUAAGAUAAAAUAAUAGAAAUGAGUAAAUAUAAUAACAAAAGGUUCAAUUUAAAAACCUUUGUUAAAAGAAGUAUUUUGCAAAUGUUUUCAAAACUUCAUUAAAGUUCAAGUCAUCCUUCAUUUUAAAAGACUAAUGACACAGAAAUCACUGGAACAUUUAAUGAACCUUUUAUAAUGUAAAAACAUUUGACAGAUAUAAUCACUACUUAUUGUUAAGUCAUUUACUGGCAUAUCAAAGCUUUGAGUAUUUGCAGCUUCGGUAAAAAAAACAAACAUAUCAGUCGAACUCUAGACGACUCGUACAGACAGUUUACAGUACGAUUAAGCGAGCCAAGGAUGUCCCCUGUCCUCUGUUACCUUUUCCUAUUCUUAAAAGCCAUGAGUCUAAAUGUAACGGAUCUCUCCUCCGCCUGUCACUGGUUGGCUGUAGUUUUAUAUGCGGAGAGGUAAAACGACUAUGAAGGUAAAGGAACUGUGAAGGAUGUCAUUUUUGUAUCUUUAAAAGUGGCAAAGGGGUGAUUUAGGGUUUAGUGGGGAGAUUUCUGAAAACAUAGCGGUCAAGAGUGCAAAUUCAUGUAUUUAUUUUUCCUAAAAGCACUCUCAGCCUUCAUCCAUUUGCUUGUUAAAAGCUUUGGAGGCAGAGUUUAGAUAUCGUUUGUCGCUAAGCCGGAGGUUUCAGAACCAGUCUUGAUCUUUUAAUGACUACCUCCCAAAUCCAACGCAGACUUGUCGACUUUGGGUUUUACCACAUCCAGCCACCACAUCCUUCUCAUGGGCAGGCCCUCCUCACCUCCCUCUCACCCCUGUCACUCACUCACCCAGUUUGUUUUUUUCCUCCUCUUCUGGAAGCUUAAUCUCACCACGACACACACACACACACACACACACACACACACACAUGCAGAGACAUCUCAUUACACACUCCUUUUCUGUUUACUCCGUCCAGACAGCGGGUGUCAGCGCUGGAAUGACAACAAGUCAAAUUAUUUUCGGGUCAUUUCCGCGGGUAAACACAAACCCCCCAGCCCCCAGCCUCAUCACACACUACCCCCAUCAUCCUCACUUCAUCUCUGAUUUCUCAUUUUCUUUCUCUCCGUCUGUCGCUCACUCGCAAACACUCAUCCACUCUCUGACAAGUCUGAGUGUCAAUAUUGCUUCUCUGAGCGUGUGGCAGAGUGAACAUAAAUCCCCCAGAGUGUAAACACUUUGACUGUUAAGACUGUUGUGCCCUGAGCUUUGAACAAAAAAAGAAAACACUCAACCCCGCGUUGAAGGCCGCAAGCCAUAGGUUGAUCCAAAAACAAAACAAAAUGGCAUCCUUUGAAGCAGGAGGUUGGUUUGUCAGUGGGAGAGUGAGAGCUCUAAUGAAGCACUGAUACGUUCUUUAGAACAACACUAGGGGUCGCUGUAAGCCCAAAACAGAAAGACAAUCGAGCUGAGAAAUAGUUUUAAGAACCUGCAUCCCCCCGGAAAAAAAAGACACUUGCUCCUGUAUAAUGAUGUUUAGAAGUCUCACUCACUUUCCAGUGUUAAUUUGUGCUGGUGACAGUCUGUUUUAAUUGUUCUCUGAGAAUUGAUAUUAUUAUUAUUAUUAUUAUCAUCAUCAUUACCACAGCUUUCACUGAUGGUAGCUGUCAUGAUGAUAUAGAAAUCUGCGUUUUCUUUUUUUGUGUAGGUUAGGCAUCUUGUUUUAUUUGGAAUUUGAUUUUAUUUUAUUAUAUAAAAAUAUUCUAUAAAUAUAUUUUGUUUUCUCUUUUUGGGAUUUGUUUUCUUUUUUCUUCAAAAAGGGUGUUACUAAUGUUGCACGAUUUUUAUGACAUGAAACAAACAACACAAGCGUAGUGAUGUUAGUACAUGUGUGGCUGUGGACGGAGGCGCUGAACGAGUCGACUGCGACAAACCGCUUCAAUGCUGCAACUUUUGAGUCCAAUGUACAAACCUCUUAGUCCACACAUGGUAACAUGAAGGGGGGAGGGGGGCGCAGUGUGACACGUCUAACUUAUUUCUGACCAGACAUAAUGAUGUCAAUGCAUGGGCGUUUCAAAAUAAGAGAAGAGUGAAUCAUGUUAUAGGAAAUAAAAUGUAAUAUUGACACAAAUAUACAUCACACAUUUAAGAAAAAAAAUGAAAUUGAAGAAAAAAAGUUUAAAAUAAAUUAUAGCUAAUAUAUUGUGUUCGGCUAGUCUGCUUUUUUGUUGUAAAGAUAAUUUUUUUGUUGUUUUUGGAGAAUGAUAUACAAUUUGUGUAUAUUUUCAUAAAUAAAGUAUGCACUGAUAUGUUAUUACAAAUUCUAUACUGCUUUUACAAAAAAAAGUGUUUGUUAUUGUACCAAAGUAUCCAUUGGUCCCCUCUUACCCUCCUCCCCUUUUUGCGUAUGUUUUACCGUAUUUUAUAUAUUAAAUAGACAAGUUGACCUACAGAGAA